AUGCUUGGUUGGCCUACCGCAAGCCGCGACCGGCUCGCUAAUGUGCCUCGUGUGUGGGUGUGCUAUGAGUCGUUGGUCGGCCUACUCGUGAGUGAGAAGGAGAAGGCUGGAAUGGGCGAGAAAGGGGAAGAAAAGGCUGCCAUGGAGGAAAUUUUCGAGCGAGGGAGCAGGAGGAAUAAUGUCGACUGGGUCUUUCUUAGUUAA